UGAACAUUGAGGAGGUCGGUGGUUGGGAUGGGGGAAAAAAGUAUAGUUAGUAAUUGUGUAUACAUUAUUAAUUAAUGAAUAAAUAAGUUAGUAUUUAAACUGACCGCACUGUCCGUGCGAUUUUGAAAGUCGAAGUUCAGCCCGGGCCGGAAUACAAUAUUACAAAUAUUAUUAUCCUCACAAAAGAAUUACUUUUGUGAAGCGUACUGUACUGAACUGAAGUGUGUAUGACGUAUCGGUUAAUCGACCCCGUAACUUCGCAAAUUUGUGCAGUUUGAAAGUUUUUUGACUUUUCAAACACUAGUUUCUCGAGAUAUUUGAGAGAAAUUCAAUGUUUUUUGUUAGUCCUUAGGGGCUUUAUUUUUGUUAGAGUCUCGUGUUCUUUUAUUUUUUUAAACCACCGACAAAGGUGGCUGUGUGUGUUUUUGGUGACUGUUAGUCGAUUACAUGUCGGGCAAAAACGGUCUGGUGGUGGUUCGUGGGGGAGGUUCGGCGUUACAGCCGCUGAGGGCCACCGUCCCCUUCCAGCUACACAAACAACAGACUGGCAACAGGGAAUACAGCCGGGCAGGUGCCACGGCAGGUGAAAAGACCAAAUCUCGCCCACCGAAGCCACGCAUCAGACGCACCCUGUCUCUGGACACCAUCGUGGGCCCUUAUUUGCAGGGACAGUGGCCAAGGGAGCUGGAAGGACACGACCUGUACUUGAAUGACAAGGCUACUCAGACCCCCAGCUUUUGGUUUGAGGAUUCCCCUGGAAGGAAAGGCUCCAGCACCCACAAACGUUCUGCAUCCUGGGGCAGUGUGGAGCACCUGCGGGAGAUUGCCAAGCUGAAGCAGCAGCUGCAGAAGCGGAGCAGGCAGGGUGUGCGGAGCGUGUGGGAGAGAGAGCACCACCACCCACUUCCUGGAGACCACAGCCUCAGCAUAGCGCAGGCGCCUUCUCCCCCGGGCCCCCAGACCCCCAUGUCUAGGCUGACCCCACGCCUGCGUCAGAGUGUGGAGGGACUGAGCCUGGAGCUGGAGGGAGUGUUUGUGAAACAGCAGGCUGAGAAGGAGAUCGGCAGGAUCCUGGAUAUCCCCGAUGGUCACCGCGCUCCAGUCCCUCCCCAGCACUACAGCAGAGACUGUCAAAGCGAGAACUCCCCUGCACCCCUGUCCCGCUCCCCCUCGCCCUGCCUCGGCCGUGUGAGAGACACUGCUGCAGACCUGGACAUAGGUGCAGUGUCCUGCAGCACCUCUACCCCAGAUAGUCGCUGCCCCUCUCCUGUGCUUCUCUUCUCCUCCUCCCCCAGACCCAACAACAGCUACAGCUUCAAGAGGGAGCCUCCUGAGGGGUGUGAGCGAGUGCGUGUCUGCGAGGAGACCAAACCUCCCUGCCUCGGCCAGGCUUUCCUGCACUCCUGUCCUGACAAAAACAAGGUGAACUUCAUCCCCACGGGCUCCGCCUUCUGCCCUGUCAGCCUCCUCAAGCCCCUCCUCCCCUCCAUGGACUUCCUGUUCCGCAGCCUCUCCGUUUCCCCGAGCGGGAGUGGUGCAUCUUGUCCGGCGGGGACUGCGGGCGGAUACCUGGGUCCGGCCAUGUGAACCAGCUCCUCCAGCACAUGGGAGGGAUCACAAGGAGCCUUCUGUCCAGCAAGGGGGCAGAGGAUACUACACUACGGCCAGCUCUGUCUGAGCACAGAACUGGGAGCUGACGAGCCUCGUUUGCGGCUUCAGAGUAUAAAUGCACUUAGCUGUUUUUUACAUAUAUUGUUGAAGCAGGAGAAGGGAGAAAGGGAGGGAAUCUCUGUCAACGCAGAUACUCCCGUCUUUCCUUGAUCAACAUUUCAGAACUGCAGCAGGUACAGAAUGAUGCAGCAGGCUUGUGGGUUGUUUUUGUUUUGUUUGUUUUUCUCUCCCCAGUCUGCCCACAAGUUAAAUGACAAAUAUGACCUGAUCUAAAACACAGCUUGCAAGGGUGGUAGGGUCUUCCAGUAGUUAGUGUUGUACAUAAUUUUGUUUGUUGUAUUUUCUCAGUCUCUUAUGUCAAUUGGAGUAGAAGGGGGUGAGGAGAAUAUCAUGUUGAAUAGUCUGCAGUAAACUAUCUAUACCGAACAUGGUUAAAAACACAGCACAUGUGUACAUUUGUAUUUAUCUUUAUACGCCAGUGUAACAUUUUUAUUCAUAGCCUGCUCCUCCCCCCCCCCCCCCCGAGCCAGUACUUGUUAUGAAGUGCUGCUUACUGGCUUAUUUUUCUAUCUGGUUUGUUGGUAUGGGAAAUGAAUAUCACUUAAAGAAACAUAAUUCAAUGUAAAAUUCCCAUUGCAACCAGGCUACUGAUACUCUUUCUGCUCCACCAAAGUCAAGUACUUUUGAUGCUAUGUCUUUGUGGCUACUGUUACUUGGUUCUAAACAAGCCUGUAUUUGGGGAAAGCUUAUCAAAUAACUGACAGUGUUACAAAAUGUAUCUUUUGUAAGGCAAUAAAAGAAAGGCAUUGCCCACUGGCUAGGUAUUACUUGAUGCCAGUAGUGAAGAGAAAUUUACAUAGAUUCCUGUUAAUAUUUUGCACUUGAUAAGUUUUAUAGUUUGCAUGUGGUUCAAAUAGGUGUGUUCAUUCACUGUUCAUUAUAUAUGCUUUUGAAAGCAGGGUGAUUUAAAUACUCAUUUACAUUAGAUGAGAAAGUUGUCUUGUUGGUAGAAUAUUCCUUUGUUUAAAGUUCUUGGUGUUUGAGUCCAGUGCCAGUACUGUAUGCUUUUCAAAUAUAAAUACAAAUCUGUUUCGAUCCAGCUAGCAAUGUAAUAGUUUUCAUACAAGGUACUUUUAAUUCUGUGUUCCAUUCUCGACUAGUUAAUAUGCAUUGCUUCUAUUCUCCUGACAAGGGAACUCUCAUUGCAUCCUUAACUUUCCCCUGUGCUGUUUGCACAUGGGAAACUUUUAACUUCUAAUACUCAAAUUAUGCAUUCUGAGGCAAAACUAUAAGGAAUUCAAUCCUAUAGACAAAUGGUUUAACUAUUGCCUUUAUCAAUGAUUUACAAAGUGGCCCUGCUAGUCAGCCACUGGAUGAUUUGGAUUCUAGCACAACGUGUGAGUGUGCUUGUGUGUGUUUCAACAUCCCAUCUGUGCUGGGGUUAUGAACUACGAAGAUCACCAACAUGAACGUUGAUCUAUGUUUUAAAAUCCUGUUUUAAAGGACCGAAACAUGCCCUGGCAGCACAUACCCGAUCUGCCUAGCAUGGCUAGGGAAUGAAGAUCUGGGUCUUUGUUUCCUGUGUACUGCUCUCUUUUUUUAAAAUGAGGUGUGUAGUAAACAGUUCCUCAAGCAAGUACACGACAACUCAAAAUAAUUCUUAUUUUAACAUGGGACACUGUCACACACUGACCCUUCUGUAAACAUUGGAUGAAAGCAAUGCACAGAUAGCACAAAACUGACCACUCUCAUUGGGACUGGCAGGUAACAGCAGUGCACUGCUGGGGGCACUAGCUGAAACUUUCUCUGCUUUAUUUCCUUAUGAAGUUUUACAUUUUUGUAUUUUUGAUUUGAGUGUUUUGAAAUUGCUUCAGGUGAGGCUUUUGAAAAACAUUGAAUGUUUUUAGACUUGCAGAAAAAAUACUUUAAAUGUUAGAUUAAAUGUUAAAAGGUCAGCAAGAGGUGUCUGGUGACAGCAUAGUUCCUUAUUGUCACCCCGAGAGGGUGCUGUUUAUGCAUUUCAGCAUAUAAAGUAUGGAGGUCAUAGUGACAAGCGUGUUGGUUGGAUAAAACCAGUGUUUGUUUUUUUUUUUGUUUGCACAAAUAAGUUGUAUUUCGGAGAACAAAUAUGUGGGUGUAUCAGAUGACUGUUUCUACAGACAGACUCGAUGGAGCCCACAUCACAUUAUAUUCUAGAGGAUUUUAAGCCUAGAGGAUUUUGUUUUAAUGUUUAAGGCUGUAGUAAUGUAAACUGGUGGUUAUUUAACCAGACUUGAUCAAAUUACUGAGAACCAAACCCUGUGCAUUUGGUCCUCUCCGUUUUCUCUUGUCUCUCUAUAGACGGAUAGAUGGGUUAACUAUUUCACAGGGGGUUGUCCCUGGCGCUUGAAAGCUCAAGUUAUUUUACAAGAAUGUGUUUAACUUAUUUAACCCUUUCAUACAACUUUCUGUUUUUAUUUAAGUGACAUGGGAGACAUUGACUUUAAAAGAUAGCAUUUGUCUGAAAAUAGCAUUUGUUAAUAUAAGAUUAAAUGGGGGAGCAUCAGUUAAUAUUUUGAGCCUGAGGUGUUUGUCUGGAUUUAAAACCAAUGAACCUGUCUAUUCUGCAGCUCUAGUUGUGUAAAUUAUGUAGUUUUAUAUAAAGGCAUUAUUUAUUUUUUCUUUCCUAAUCCUUUAAAAAACAAAGUCUGUUUGUUCAAGUAUUAUGCUAGCACAAAGAUGUGGGUUAAGUUUUGCAGAAUGUCUUAUUUUUUUGGUCUGCAUAUUUUAGUCAGAAAUUGAAGGGGCAUGUAGUUCAGUGUAUUGAAUUUGUUUAUUUUCUUUGACACCUGCAUAGUGCAGAGAGCACUGAUGUAGCUUUACUGAAAAACAUAUUGGGAAAUGUAACCGUCAAUUUCCAUCCCCUAUGUCUGUCAUGUUUUUUAAGGUUAUGUUUGUGACUGAGUUGAGUCUGACUAUAAACUGUUAUCAUCCUAAGUACAAACUUUAUUAUAAAAAUUUAAAAAAGCCAAUUUGGUUAAAUGUUUAUUUAGAAGAGUUUGGUGUUAAAGUUGGCCAAAUAUUUAGAAAAAAAUUAAAAAGGAGAAAUAUGUACAGGUACUGUUUUGAAGUUAAGAUUAAUUAUUGUUUAGCUGAGGCUUAGUUGAAUUGUGUGGCAUGGUUUUUCUAAACAGAAUAUUUAUUGGGUAUUCUUGCUAUUCUUGGAAGCAGCAGGACAGUGCUAUUUUAGGUUUUCUUGUCUCCAAAGGCCCAUAGCAGUCAGUAUUUUUUGCAGUGUGGACUACUACUACGAUCAAGCAUUGCAUGUCUGCAUAUAUUUUGUGAAAACUAUUAUGCUAUAUAUAAAGUUGUUAACAUCACUGCAAAAGCAGAUGCGGUCUUUUAGUGCUGUAGCAUUUGUUGAAUUGUUAAUAAAUAAAAUUAAACUUU